GUAGACUUUCAAGAUGGAUGCUUUCAACUCGAUAGGUUUCUCUUUCUUUUUCGAAACGGACUACAUAUGUAGACCAACCAGGCAUGAAUACUAAGGAUCUUUAAUUGUGAAAUGGCUUUAAUACCCGUAAAACGAUAAAAGUGGAUUUUUGUUGUUUCUACGUGUUCGGACGGCCGCUAAUUUUGCAACUUCCUGGUUGUCGCAUUGUUAAUAUCGCUGUUGAAACUGCGGCGAAAGCUCAAGUUAACGCUACUGUUGAAUGUUUGCUGGAUACAGGACACAUGGGACUGACGUUAACGUUUACAAUUCUGCUGUAAUGUUUAAAACCAGAGACAACAGUUUUCAACGAAGACCAAAGGGAAAACGAGAGAUUCCAUAAGUGUUCAGCGAUGGAAAGUGGAAAUGGUGGUGCCUCGAGGAAAGGUGGUGUUUUAGUAACUGUCUCAGAAAGUUCCGGCAUCUUUCAAAACAAUAUUUUGGCUCCACUUAAAAGUGCGUACUUGUAUGAGGAGUCAAAGCAGUCUUUCAGGUAUAAAUCCGCUGUUUUGCUAAAUAAUCCAGCACUGGAAGAAAAGUAUUGUGCUUUCAGAGCAAAGAGAAGAGAAGUAGGAUAUUCAGAGGAGGAUCUGAAAGAAUCCUAUGGGUUUUUGCUGUUUGAUGAUGUCAACAAGGCAAAUGCCCUUGGAGAAACUGGUGUACUCACUGGAAACAGUACAUGCACAACUCUUGGAGAUCCCUCUAAAGGUGUUUAUAUAUCUAUGUACUCUGACUGUUUGGAUCUCAAUCGCUGGUAUCAUGGGAAAUCUGGAUACAUUGCCAUCAUCAGGCUGACAAAGGGUAGAGUUAAAAAGGUUUUAGAGAACUACACCCAGAACCUCACUGCGCCCACUGUGGGGUUUGACUGUCAUGUGUCAGAACAGUUGCCUUCAGUAUCUGCCAAAACAAGCUCCUUUCUUGCCUUCGAGAGAACCCAGUAUUACAUGUAUGAGCUGCUAGAUGAUGGAAGCAAUGUGACGACUCAGUCUCCCAGCGCUGCCUGUCCUUAUGCCAUUGUACCAUUCUCAUACACGGAUACCAAAGCAACAAUUGUAGCAUCGCAGGAGAAAAGUGAGGUGAAAAAUCUCUUUUGCCAUUACUUUCCAUGGAGGGGUCAGCUUCAAAUAGGCACCCUGUUCUAUGAUGUUGGGCUGAGGUCUACAGUGGCUUUAAUCCCUGCAAAACUACCACCAGUGGUGAAAAUUGGCAGAGCAAUUUCCAUGACAGAUCUGAGACAGCUAUUGCCAAGGGCUGUCUUUGAAACCUGCUUCUCUGGUGAAGUCUUCCUAGAUGGCUUAUACUUUAGUCUGUAUGAGUUGGUGUCUUCUGAGGCAGAAGAAACCAACUCACUCCCACUACUUCUGCGUGAGAUCAAGGAGAAAGAUCUUGCUCUCACUAUUCAGCUGAAUGAUGGUGGUUUUCUUAUCCUGUUGCACUCCUCACAUUUUCUCACAUAUGACGAUACUGGUUCCAGUGCAACUGAUGUCCUGCAAGGCAUGUUUGUGUUUCCAGUCUCGCAGGUUAUACAGACAGACACCAAAUCUGGCGAGAAAAAGGCUUCCAUUUCAUCUGAAAUACUGCAGGUACUACAGGUGCUUAAUUAUGCUGAAGGCGAAGUUGAGAAAACACCCAUUGGCCCAGGUGAAGAACUGUGUGAAGUCUUGGCACAGCAUAUGCAGAGUUACGCAGCCCUGAUAAAUCCUGGGUUGGCAUUAAGUCCCACUAGGGAACUCAGCAUCUUUCCAGAUCAGUAUGAUGUGCCGGAUGCCCACAAGCAUCUCUACUCCUGUCCAGAGUUGACUAACAAGGCAUGGCAGAACUUCAGGUCAUACUUGAGCAAACCAGUCUCUUUUCAACUGUCAUUGUCCAAAGCAUUAGAAAUCAUGGCACCUCGACAAGAGGAGCGAAUAGAAGACCUUGAUGAUGAUGUCUACAUCUGUCUGUCAUCUCCUGAGGAGGCACCAGCCAAUUCUGUUAGCAUGGAGUCAGAGGACCAGUUGACAGGCCAGAGAUCUCCUGUAAACAUUGAAACACCUGUUGACGGUUGUAUAACAAGUGCUGAAGCACAAGUUGACUUAACAGCUGUGCUUCAGAAUGUUGUACCAGAUGAUUUUCCUGCUGGGGAUGCUACUAAAUGCACUGGCAAAUCUGAUCUGACUGUGCUGAUCAAAACUGAUGACAUGGGGGCAAAAAAUGUCCUGACUCCCUCUACAUCAGAUGACCUUCCUGCAGAGCUGAUUGUCAGCAUCACUUCGGCAGAGCAAACUGUCACUGAUGGGAGUCUAGGUAGGAUCAGUACUGCGUCUGCAGCAAUGCACAGUGACUUUCAACUUUCUGGUUUUUCCACAGUCAAAUUACAAAUGACAGGAGUGAACUCUCUAAAUGAUGAGACUGUUACAACCAAAAAGGUUUUGGAUUGCCCUGAGUUCACAAAUCUCACACAAAAGAGGAAACUACGUAGGGGACAUUACAAAGGUCGGAAAAGGGUAUCUAAAGUGUGUGUUGAGACUCCAAGUUUACAAAUAUCAGUGGAGGAUGAGAACUUGAAGAGUCAGAAGGAAGACCAGGCCAAGGAAUCAUCAGGCCACCCACAGUUGAGUAAUCCUCAUGUUGAGCGGAAAGUGAGACAAAAGUGCAAAUUUAGAAAACCAUCAUCUGUUGGUUUAGCAGUUGCAGAGGAAAAAAAGAUAGACCCUGGACAGCAGAGCGUUGAAAGCAUAUUUUUAAUGGAACUUGAAGAUUUUCCACUGAGAAAGAAAACCGAGCGCUGGGACUUAAAGCCGGUCAUCAGCGAAUGUGGAAGAAUCUUGGUUCCUCAUGGCUCUCUAGAUAUUGCUGAUCAGAUUAAGUCUUUAAAGGAUAAGAUUAAAUCUACAAAAGGUGAAAAAGUGUCGGUUGAUGCCUCUGUAAAUGACACAGUUGUAAUGGAGCAGGAGUCUAGCACUGCUCGAAAGACAGCAGUGGAUGAAACAGGGGCCACAGCAUCCAAGGAUGGAGGAAACCAUUUUCAAAUUGUUGUAAGUGAUGUUAAUCCUGAACACAAUAUUUUGAGACCUUCAGAUAGCAAUGAAUUGACUUUGAAUCAAGAGUGUACUGAACAAUCUUCAAAGACUGAUGGCACAGCAACUUCUCCCUCAGAAGCACUUAAAGAAAUGUAUGCUAAUACUCUCUCACCUGAAAAGAUUGCCACAAAAGGUGAAUUACUGUUGAGUAAAUUGAAAUCAGUUCUUCUAAGAGGAAAGAGAAAAACGGAUCUCCUUGUGUCGAAGGAGAUGACUGCAGAUACGGCCCAAGACACUGAGCCCCAUCUUAAGAAGAGCAAAGUUGACUCAGACACUGGGAUGCUGGAGAGUAAUUACACAAUUACAAGUGUCCAGGACACCAAUGUGAGUGUCAAGGAAGUUUCAAAGCUGCUGUCAGUUGACCCUCUUUUUGCAUAUGCCCUAGGCCUGACCCCUAAAGAGACACCAGAUAAGAUACAGAAAACUGAGGGUCAGGAUACUCAACAGAGGAAAGAAUCAUCAGAGACAAAAGAACAAACCACUUUAGACAACCAGACCCAAAUCAUGCACAAGCCUCCAUCAAUCUUUCCAAGAAGGGGAAGGAUUAAAAUGCUCAAAAAGCAUCAAGGCGUCUCUGCAGAUAAUGUGAAAAAGAAAUGGUGGUUGCAUUUUCAAACCCCAGCUUGUUAUGCCAGUGAAAAACUCAAUUACAAAGAGUGUACUAGGGAUAAUUCUGUCAGGAAGACUGUUAAGGAAAAGAUUAACAGUGCUUGCUCAUCUACAGAUGCUUUGAACUUACUUGCUGACUUGGCACUCAGUGCCAGUAAUGACCAGGUUCCACCACAACCAGACCCAGCACUUGAGAGAAAACCUGAGACAAGUUUGAAGAAGUGUGACCUUACAAAAGAUGUUACCACUGCUGAACAAGAGUCAGUUCUUCAUGCUCUGCUUAGACAGCCUGCUGCUAGAUCCAUGCAGCCUCUUGAUUCUUCUUCACCAAGCCAUCUUAUGGGAGGUAGUGAAUUGGUUGGUUUGGUAUCUAAAGAACAUGCUUACUCAUUGCCCCCGUCUUCCUCUCUACUGUUGGGUUUGCCAGGUACACCCUUCCAGGUAUCCCCUUUAAGUGGUUCUACCAGACUGCUGCACCAUCACCAGACAGUGUUUGGCGAUGGAAUUAAAACACUACACCCAUCUGUCAGCCAGACAGGCAGAAGUGAAAAGAACCACAGGACUCCAGAAUACUUGAAAAAACACAUGGUGUGCAUAAGAAAGUUCAGACACUCCCGUACCUUUGUUGACAAGGAUGGAUCUAUCCAAGUCACAAAGCAAUGGAAGGAAAACUAUGACUUUAAUCUAGACAGCAAGUUCACAAAUGACUCAAAGGACAGAACUAUCAUCCGAGCCUUGCAUGGCCCAUGGGAUUUCUCUAUGCAAGACACCAGUGAAGAAGUGCGGCUCAUCGUCCACAUGUGGAUUGGUCUGUUCUACAGCCGGUCCACAGACAGGUUCUUUCAUGUUGACUCACAUCCAUGUUCAGAAGUGAGGGAUUCUUUGGAAAUGCCUAGUGGAAUGGUAUCAAUACUGGCUCAAUCUGAGCUCAAGGCUAAUUCAUUUGCUCCUUUCCCGAGUGUAACAGACACUGCAGACCCUUCAAUUUCAAAUGCUUUGGACCUUAGCAAAAAACAUGACUCUAUGUUGGACCAAGGAUCUGUGGUUUUGGACUUGUCGGUGAAAAACUCAAAUGCAGAGAUUCUCACUUCAGAUCCACAAGUCAACAGAAAAGAAACUUCUGUGUCUGGUGAUCUGAAAGAACCUUGUGAAACAUUGAACACCCUCAAGUCAUCAAUGGGAUUAGAGGAGGCAAGCAAAAUUCAGUGUAACAAAAAAGAACACUACACAGAGAUUAUCAAUGAGCUAAAUGAUGCCGAAAGCAGCUAUGAAAGUAAGAGGAAAAUAGCUGGGAGCCUGGAGAACAGCGGAGUACCAUCUUGUAAAGGUGACCGAACAUUCAUUCUUGUUCAAGACAAGAUGAAAAGUGUAUCUGUUCACCCAGAAAAUAAUCUAACUGCUUCAAGAAUUUGCAAUGUGUUACAUGGAUGCAACACUGAGAAGACAGACAUGAAACAUGGCAUUGGAAACAAGAGGGAAAAAGCUGGGAGCUUGGAGCGUACUGAUGUACCAUCCUGUAAAGGUGACGAAACAUUCAUUGUUGUACAAAAAGAGAUGGAAAGUGAAUCCGUGCCACCAGAAAAUAAUCCGACUGCUUCAGGAAUUGGCCAUGUGUUACAUGGAUGCAACAAUGAGAAGACAGAUAUGAAAGAUGGCAUUGAAAAUAAGAUGAAAAAAGCUGGGAGUCUGGAGCACACUGAUGUAACAUCUUGUAAAGGUGAUGAAACAUUAAUUGUUGUACAAAAAGAGUGGCAAAGUGUAUCCGUUCGACCUGAAAAUCGGACUGCUUCAGGAAUUGGCCGCGUGUUACAUGGAUGCAACAAUGAGAAGACAGAUAUGAAAGAUGGCAUUAUAAAUUCAGAAGCUACAGCAAUGAGUUUAGUGCAAAAACAUGGAAAUGAUUCAUCAAAAUCUGUGACAAUUGUAGAGGUCGACUCCAACAAAGAAGCAGACGAUGUGGUUCUUACAGUUAAGCAUGAUGCAGUUGAAUCCAAAGAUGGGGAAAACUUGGAAGUGGAAGAAAAUUCAUACCAACAAGAAAAUGUAGAACAUGCUCCAAAAGUGAUUCUUACAGAUGAUGAUUCAACAAACAAAGAGUUGGGUAUAGUCUGCAAUGGAUAUCUUUUGGAAAAUGAGAAGCAGUUAUCUCGGCAGGAACCUACAUCAGUCUCACCAGGCAAGGCUGAAAAUGUUGAUAAAGAUGUGGAUUGUUGUAAAGUCUACAAAGGCAAAGUGGUCAAUGAUGAAGAUCCCUUUGGAAAAGAAAAUGGAUUUGAUGAGAAAGACAGUUGUGUUUCACUUGUGGAAGCUCAUAGUGAAAUGAGUAAUCAACCACUACUUAAGAAUUGUGGAGGCCCAGAUUCAGAAAAGAAGGAUUGCAUCACAGAGUGUAAUCAGAAACCGCCAUUUGAUGAGCAACCAUCUAAAGACAACAACGAAGAAGAUGCCUGCCAUGACUUGCAGUUAAGAAAGCUGUGUGCAAAUGGCAGUGUGUUGACAGAUGAACAUGCCAUUUCAGAAAAAUCUCCUCAUGCUUCAUCAGAAAUGGAGCCUAUUUCUAAUGAACCUGCAGUUGAGGGAAAUUCCAAAAAUUGUAUUUUUUUGGCAGAUAAGGCGCAUUAUCAGAAGGAAGCGUUACCCAUGUCUGAUGAGAACAACGGUUUGUUAGAUGUUUCUAACGCAAAUGGGUCUAUUCCCCAGACAAAUGACAGUGUUGAAACAGAAUGCCAAAACAAGGUAAUGGCAAACUUCAAUCUAAUUAGUGUUGAUCAUGAAGUUGGGGAUACACAAUCAGUUGAGGGAGAUGGAAAAGUUGUAAACACAACUGAAAAGGAACUAUUUUAUCAUCAGGCUUAUUCACCUCAGUGUGAAGCUGAAGCUGCAUUGACUAAAGAAACAGACCUCAAUCAGAUUGAAAAAACAAAUGAGGGAUUGGAAAAUAUUGCGUGUUUAAUUCCAUUCAUUGGAAUAGACACAUCCAGAGAUUAUACAGUACAAUAUCAUGACACACACUCAAAAGGCAAGGUUGAAGAAGUUGACCAGGAAGAAAUACCAUUUAUUAGUAAUACUACCUACCCUGAAAUUGUUCAACCCACACGGUUAUGCAGCACAUCUCAAAUAUACAGUAAAAAGCCAGAACUGUCUGCUGGCAAAAUAUCUCUUUCACUUCUUGAUGUAAGGGAAACCAACCAGCCAGUGGUCUCAGGAAGUGAGUCUGACAACCGGUGCCCUACUCCAACAAUGGAUGAGAAACCAUUUGAGUACUUAACUUGCUUUGGACCUAGGAAUACCAGUGCUUCUGUUUUUAGUGGUUGUGAAACCUCCAAAAACAUGACUCAGAAAUGUCUUAGUACAGGCUCAACAUCUAGAAAGGAUGAGGUCCCUCACAAGUCUACAUUUAACAGUGAUGCCACCCCUCAACAUGAUUUUGAACUAAGAACUAAUCGAGUUCUUCAAAGUAUAGACAAGUUCCUAUACGAAACAAGCCACACUAAAACAUCCAGCCAGAUUGAAACAGCUAAAAAAAAACACUCUCUUGAUCAAACUCCUAAACCCAAAAACAAGUACAUCCCCACUUGCUUUGCCCCAAACCACACCUCAUCUGACUUUAAAGACACACAAAUGCAAUGCAAUACAACACCAGCAGUGGAGUCAACCUCUACCUUACUAGAACUGCAAAAAGAAUCAACAAGUAACUAUCUCAUAUCACCUUUCAAAAGUAAAUUAGAGGAAGUACUCGGUGUAAAGUUGCAGCUAAAGAAAACUAACUCAUCACUUCAUCAACACUAUUUUGAAAGAAUAGAUAAAUUACAGGAAACCUCAGUAGAGCAAGAUUGUCAUCCCUACAUAUCUGUUCCCUGUACUGAGAGUUUGCAAACCAUUAAACCAAACGUCGACCAAGGUAGACCUAAAACAACCUCACAAAGCAAUUUAAGUCAUGAAUUACGUUCAAACAGUCAGCGUCCUGUCAUGGCAGUGAAACCAUCCAAGAGUGAUGAAUGUCAAGCAGAUUGCAUCUCUAAUGACAGAGAAAUUGAAAAUGCUGUCAUGUCCCAUUUUUCUGUCCAUAAACCGACAGAAACCCCUGUAGUCAUGUACACCAUACCUACUCCCAUGUUCUUGGAGAAAAAGACAGAACGUCUCAAAGAAAACUCUGAAGGACUAAAUGAUGAUAAGCAAGAUGCCAGUGAGCUUUCUUCAAAGAGCAGUUGGUUAACCAAUGUCAGUGACAGUAAAUCUAACUCCGAUAUAGCUAAAUCUGUGCUUGAAGAUCCUUUAAAACAGCACCAAGGAAGGUACAUUUCAAAAUUAAACAAGGUUCCUUCAUCAUCUUUCCCUGCACAGUCUUUUGAAUCUGCAAAAAGAAUCUCUAAACUUGUUGAUGGAACCCAAGGUUUUAUUACACAUAGUUUAGUUGAGAAAGUUGGGCAAACAACUAAAGAGAGUAUUGAGAUUGAUCAAAAAGACUGCUUGGAUGCAUUAUCUUCACAUGCAGUUUACAACAAUGGCGGCAUAAUAGAGGACAAUCUCUUCCUGGGACCUCAAAGCUCACUCAGGUGUACGGUCUAUAACACCAGCAGGAAGAGAUCCUAUUCUUUUCUGGAGCAGGUUUCUCAGAGGUGCCUACAAGAUGACCUCACUGAGGCGUCAAUGGAACAAGAGUGCCUUAUCUUCUCAGAACAAAUGAAACAGCUUUUGAAAAGGAGUAAGAAGGGACCCGUCCGUCAACAGGGAACACAUGACGAACUGAAUUUGUCUGGCGCCAGUCCUGUGACUGUGCACUUUUGUAGUCUAGAAGAGCAAGAGGAUUCAGUGGAUCACUUGGAUGCACAUUUCGAUUUACCGUCUCUUGUUGGACAAAAAUUGAAGGUAAACAUGUCUGACAGGAAGACGACUACAGCGGAAGACAAAACUCAUCCUCCCAAUUUAUCUCAGGGAGCAGGGAACCCCAUGGAACAUGCUGGAGUUUCGGCUGUGACUUCAGAGUGUGGCAGGCUGUACGAGGCGAUGAUGAAUGAUGUUUGUGCUAUCAAGAAGGUCCCAUCGAGACCUCACAAACGCUUCAGAAUUCAUAGAAGUUACCCAAAGGCUGAACCAAGUAACCAUUUUGACUUUUGUGAUCAAAUGAAGAAAGAGAUGGAUGAGAGUUUCCGCAGUAGUCUGAAUUCAGUUGUGAAGAAAUCCUGUAAAACCAAGUACAGAUUCUACAUACAAUUGACGUCUGAUGAUGCCUUCUUUGACGAAACCAAGGCACAGUUGGAGGCAGAAGGUCACACUGCUGUACAGCCAUCUGAGUUCUUCCUUGGUGAAGAUAGUUCUUCAUCUCUACUCAUCAUCCUCAGGAAUGAAGACAUUGCAGAGCACAUUUGUGAGGUCCCACAUUUACUCGAGCUGAAGAAAUCCCCAGGUGCGCAGUUUGCUGGAAUUGACGAACCAGAUGAUGUCGUGAAUCUCACCCAUCAGGAGCUCUUCACGAGGGGUGGCUUUGUAAUGUUCGACAGAGCUGCACUGGAGUCCCUCAGUUUUUGCAAAAUGAAAACAAUGUCAGAAGUCUUGCAAGAGCGAAGCAGAACAGGAAAGUGGAAAUGGAUAUUGCACUACAGAGAUAUCCGUUGGCUAAAAGAAAAUGCAAGGUUGAGUGCCGAGGCAAAAGAGAAGAAGCACUUCCUAAACUGGUGCCAAGAAGCUGGAUUAUUGGAGGUCUUGCCUUAUCAUGAGUGUGACCUCAUAUCAAGAGAGCAGCCUGACUAUCUCACGUGUUUGGUCCGUUUGCAGGUCCAGAAUAUAUCUGCGCGUUACCCUGUUUUUAUAACCGAUACAACAGCAGACAGCGCAUUUGGAAAGAAUGGAAUUUUAACAAUGACUUUCAACUCUUUCCUGACGUAUUCUCCAAGCAAACCAAUUAGAGCCUGACUUUGAAAAAGUCAGAUGGCCACACUUGAGUUGUGCAAAGUCAAGAACAAACCAAUGAAACUCACUGGAUGUAAGGAGAACCCAGUAAUAUACCAUUUUAUGGUGAUUUGAAACGUACUACAUUUAAUAUUUUCUUGUGUUGUCAGUAAAACUCUUUUCCAUCAAGCAAUAAUUAUUCAUUUAUGGUUGACAUGUUUUUUUGUUUCAUUUGUCAAUUAAGUUGUCAAGUUAAUGGAAUUGAGUGACAAUGCCAAUAUACAGACUGUAUAUACUGCAUUUUGUAUUAUAAUUUGUAUUGUAAAUAGUU